AUGCCAGCCGUCCGCGACAAGACCACCACCGACCUUUCUCCCCCGCGUACCCGCAGCAGAGUCUCCAUCCCGACGCGCCUCUGGUCUCCUCCCUCCGUCGUGCCCUCUCCGGAUCACACGAGCACCUCCUCCGCGUCCACCAGUGCCCCUCAUCUCGUCUCGCCGGCCGCUCGCAGGCGCAAGGGCCCCGACUACAUCCCACGCCCUCCGAACGCGUUCAUCCUCUUCCGCCAGACGCUCUUCAAGCAACUCAAGGAAGGCGCCAUCGAGCACGACCAGCGGCUCUUCUCCCAGAUCAUCUCCACGACCUGGGCGGAGCUUGGUGCGGCCGACAAGGAGGUCUGGUACAAGCAAGCCGCGGACCUGAAGGAAGCACACACGCAGAAGUAUCCCAACUACCGGUUCAGCCCCGUCGUGCGCAUGGACAAGCCGCGCAAGCGCAACGUCAAGCGCAACGGGCCCAAGGACAAAGAGCGCUGCCGCCGCCUCGGCAAGCUCAUCGCGCAGGGGAGGGACAUCCACGAGCUCGAGCGCGAGGCGAAGCGCAUCGACGCGACCAUGCGCGAGGACGGCGGGGCUGGCAAGGGCGCGAGCGAGCUCGGCAUACCCGUGUCAGAGAAUUACUCCACGAGCAUCUUCGACCUCACGCUUUGCGAUCCUUGCGACACGACCGACGCCUCUACGCCUCAGCCCUCCACGCCCCGCCUCUCCGGGCCACACAUCGGUAUCCCGACGUAG